AUGCAUCGGUUGUGUUUUUUACUCUCAUUUCUCAUUUGCGGGAUUUCCGCCGAACAAGUAAAAGUUUUUAGACCGUUCGGCCUUGUUAAUAAAUUAUUUUUCGGCAAUCAGCAGACAGUUGUUAGUAAAUUACCUUUGCCGCUGGAAUUUGUGCUACAAAGAAUUCAAAGCUUCUAUUCAACAUAUGUGCAUGAAGAUCUAAGUAGACCACCUACAUGGGACAAACCGGUAUACACAUACACGGCAAAUAACAACAAUCAAAAUGAUGGUAAUACCCAUACUUUGCAUACAAAUCUUUCAGUUCAAACCACAGAAAAUCUCUUUGAAAUUAUUAAUAAGGAUACUAAUAAAACUUAUUCUGAAGAAUUAGAAGCAGUAACGAAUAUAUCAGAAUCUGAAAAGACUACUUCUUUUUACGAAACUGAAGAUUUUACAGAUGACUAUUAUCAACAAAAUGAAGCUCCUAAAGACAAACUUUUUGAAAUAAUCAACAAAGAUACUAACAAAACCAAAGAAGAAGAGUUGUUUGAAGCAAUUAAUAAUAUAGCGAAUACUAAUGACGAUAAAAUUAUUUAUAUUACACCAAAGACUUCAACGUAUUCUUCUGUUAGUACUGGAAGUUUGGAAGUCACAAAUGAGAAUGAUGUUGAGAUUAAUAUUACUUUAGGCAAGUUAUGGGAGAAGUUAAUUUUAGUCCUAAUUUGUUAUGGUCCUCAGAAUCAGCAACCACGAGGACCGUUGGAUUUCAUAGGUAACUUAAUACAAGCCACUGGUUUGAUUCCCAUAGAAAUAAACGUACCAGAUACGUUUUCUGCAGUAGGCAAUACUGUCGGAGGUUGGGCUACCAACGUUGGAAACUUUGCUCAGGGAGUUGGAACUACAUUCCAAGGCUUUACCCAAAACAUCGGAAGUGGUGUUCAAAACUUUGCACAAGGUUUGGUUCAGCGGGUUCCCAUACUCGGAACAAUUAUAAGGCCGACGGGAGGUUCCAAUCAGCGGUAUUAUAUUUUGGUGCCUGCUCAGAACCAUUUUGAGCCGAGCUCGGCAAGUCAAAAUAUUAAAACUUUAAAUAUCAGUCCUGAUCUUUUGGAAAAACGUGAAACGUUGCUUAGAAAAGUACACGAUGAGAAAUCCGUGAACAUUAUAACUACCAUACAAACUGAAAAAGAUUUUAAAGAUAUAGAAGAUAAGGAUUUAAAGCAAGCAACAGUGGUUAAGGCAAAUGGUUCAAAAGUGGUUUUGGAUAAGGUUUUAACCACAGAGCCGAAUGUUAACCCAAUGAGCAAAUCGGAAUUUUCCAAGACUACAAAUUUUGGGCCAAACAUGAAACGGCUACCAUCUGGUAGAAUAUCAGGAGUUUGUAGAUGA